AUGGAAGCCAGUCAAACUCAGGCUAGCCAGGAUGGUGAAGGCGGGCAGAAUGGUUGGAAACUAGGUCCCGGGGAACAUUGGGCAUCUCUACGCUUAUCGCGCAGCAUCGGAAGACUCAGUGCUCUGGCUUGUGGGCAAAAGCUUAAUAUUAGCAGCUGGAGGCAUAUCUCCACUGCAAUCGGCCGACGAUACUUCCGAAACGCAUCUACAGCUCACACGAGGCUGCUACACGAAAUGGACUCAGACGAUAGCGGUAGCGAGAGUGAUGAUGAUGAGGACAGCCUAUAUGACUUGCAAGCGGGUCACGGGUCGAAGACUGCACGCUUGAUCUACAGACGGUUGGUUACCGAAGGAGCAUUUGAAACAAACGAACGCCGAGUCAGCUUCCGAUAUAUCAGUAAAGAAUGGCACCGGUUACUGGGAUUCCUGCCUACAAUAGGAGGGUUCGACGGGGUUCUUACUUCAGGCCGAAAGCGAAAGAAUGUAUCUAUCUACGACGAAACGCUUCGAAAACUGCAGUUAGAGAGAUGGAAGUCACAUCGCCGGAUCAAUAUCGACCGGGAACUUAUCUACUUGUACGGGGAGCAAGCUAGAUUCCGAGGUAUUCAGCGUGAGGCGAUUCAGGCGAUUAUGAUGAAUAAGAGUCCGAUUGUAGUCGUGAUGGGAACAGGGGGUGGAAAGAGCUUGAGCUUUAUGUUGCCAGCAGCAAGCUGCCCAGGUGGGGUGACUGUCGUGGUAGUUCCGCUGGUAUCGCUACAGGGUGACUUGAUAGAACGCUGUCGGAAAAUGAAGAUACCAUGUGCCGAGUGGCGCAGCGAUCAGUCCCCAGGGCCAGCAUCGCUUGUUUUUGUCACGCCCGAAUCAGCAAUGACUAAGCGGUUCCAUGAUUACGUGGAAGGACUUCGGGUGAUGGCGCAACUUGACGGGUUUGUGUUUGACGAAGCGCACAAGAUAUGA